CUCCAAAAGAGCAGCCAAACUCUGCGUUCCCGCCACGGGAUCGAUACAACUGAUGUUGAAAGUUUGAGAGGUUGGAAGAACGUACCGAGAAAUUUUAGCGAUGGAGCUUGUUCUUCCAUUGAUUCAGAGACGACGAGCUUGUACAACGCAGCAAGACGCCCCGCACCAUGGCCGUCUUCCCGCUGUUCUUCUUCAUGUUCCUAGCUCGCGAAUUCCAGCCGUGCUCGACGGCGGGAACCUGGCUCAGAAUCGGCUACUGGGCCGCCGACAGAAGCGGCGACUCCCCAGUUUCCGAAAUCGAUUAUUCUCUCUUCACUCACCUCGUCAGCCGCUCCGCCGCCAUCAAUUCCACCUCCUACGAGAUCUUCAUCUUGCCAGAGGAGGCGCAAUUCGUGUACAACUUCACGGCAACGGUCAAGGUCAAGGACCCAUCCAUCUCCACGCUGCUGUCGAUCCGCUGCGAUGCAACCGGCUCCGCCGACUUCUCGUCGACGGCGGGGGAUCCCUCUCGUCGGAAGUCCCUCAUCGAUUCGUCGAUCGAUUUCGCUAGGAGGUACGGGUUCGACGGCUUGGACCUGUCCUGCUUGCCCUCGCCAGAGGAAAUGGGCGAUGCCGCCCAACUGUUCGACGAAUGGCGCGCUGCGAUUCUCGCCGAGUCGGGCGCCUCCUCCCAGCUAGUUUUGACGGCCGCCGCUCGAUUCUCGUCCCUUCUAGCUACCAACGGAUCGGUUCUGGGCUCUAUAAACAAGAACCUGGACUGGGUUCAUCUCGUGUUGAGCGAGUACGCUGUUCCGAGCUUGAACCAGUCGAAGACGGCUGCCCAUUACCCGUUGCGGGACCCGAAUGGAGGAGCCGGGCUGGAUUCCGACGUUGAGGAAUGGAGGAGUAGAGGGUUCUCCCUCAGCAGGUUUGUGCUCGGGUUGCCCUUCUCUGGAUACGCUUGGACGCUCGUGGACCCAAACAACAAUGGAAUCGGAGCGGCAGCAAGAGGCGCGGCGUUAAGCUCGAAUGGGUUGGUGUGGUAUUCCGAUAUCAUGAAGUACGUAAGGAGGUACGGGGUCAAAAUUUCGUAUAGUGCUGUUUAUACGACGAACUACUGCUCAUUUGGGUCGACAUGGAUCGGUUUUGAGGACGUUGAGGCUGUCGGAGCAAAGGUUUCUUACGCCAUGGACAAGGGGUUUCUGGGUUAUUUCGCCUGGCAGAUUCCUUAUGAUGACAACUGGGCACUUUCUAGAGCUGCAUUUGAUGCAACAGCUCCAGCAAAACCGGGUAAACGCCAGAGAAAGCUAUGGUUAGUCAUAACCAUUGUAGUUGCAGCUACUGGAGCACUGGCCAUUGGGAUCCUUGUGUUUUGUUUCGUUAGAAAGAAGAGGUCCCGAUCCAAAGGUGAUAGAACGGAGGCUUUAGAAUCCAAGUUGGAUGAUAAUGAAACAAUACCUCCUGGAGAAUUUGAUGCCAGGAAUAUUGGGUUGACGAGAUACAGCUUAUCAGAAAUGGAGAGAGCCACAGAUGGGUUUGCGAGUGAAAACAAGCUUGGACAAGGUGGCUAUGGCCCUGUUUAUAAGGGGUUGCUACCAGGAGGAGAAGAAGUAGCAGUGAAGAAGCUAUCAAACUCAUCGACCCAAGGUUACGCAGAAUUCGAGAACGAGGUUUUGCUUACAGCGAAACUCCAACAUGUAAACCUCGUCAGGCUUCUCGGAUUCUGCAUUGACGAGGAAGAGCAUAUGUUGGUCUAUGAGUUCAUGCCCAACAAUAGCUUGGACAAGUAUCUGUUUGAUUCUGUCAAGAGACUACAAUUGAACUGGAGGAAAAGAGUGGAGAUCAUAGAAGGGGUGACUCAAGGCCUUCUUUAUCUCCAGAAGUACUCCAGGCUAACUGUUAUCCAUCGUGACUUGAAACCCAGCAACAUUCUUCUUGAUUCUGAUAUGAAUCCCAGGAUUUCAGAUUUCGGUUUGGCCAGAAUUUUCGUCAGAGGUGCAGAAGAAGCUAACACCGAGCGGGUUUUUGCAACGAUAGGUUAUGCUCCUCCUGAAUAUCUGAAUGAAGGGGUUUACUCAGCGAAAUCGGAUGUGUUCAGCUUUGGGGUCCUUCUCUUACAAAUCAUAAGUGGCGAACAAAAGAAACUGAACCUCUUGGAUUACGCUUAUGAGAUGUGGAAAGAUGGGAGAGGAAUGGAACAAAUGGAUUCUUCAUUGGAUGACUCAAGAAGUUCAUGUAAAUUGAUGACUUGCCUGCAAAUUUCUCUGCUCUGCGUCCAGGGAAAUCCGGAGGACAGGCCUUCAAUGUCCGAUGUUGCUUUCAUGCUCAGAAAUGACGCUGCAGCUUUGGCGAUUCCAUCAAGGCCUGUUUUCCCUAGAAAGGAUGAUAUCAUGAUGAAGAGAAUGUCAAAGAAUGAUAUCCAAGCUUGCCCUGAAGACGAAACAAUAUGGACAGAACUUGAAGCUCGGUAACCACACUCUCCUGCUUCAAACCAUCUCAACUAUAUAAAAUGUACUAAUCUAGACUGUAGUAAGUGAAGGAGAAAGUAUUUUGUGAGACGGUCUUCACAAGAAAGGCUGUGAAGACUUGAUUAAUCGUUACUUCAUCUGCAGUCACCCAAAAUAAGACGAAAAUCUCAAG